CACGCCGCCUCACGCCGCCGCCGGGCCGGGACCGCUGUGCGCCCGCGGCGCGAGGCGUGGGAGGGAACGCGGCCCUCGGCGCCGGCGCCGCCCCGGCGUCUGUCUCCGUCGCACGGCGCCGAGCCGCGGCCUGAGUUCUCUGUGUUAUGGAAAGAAGAAAGAGAAACUAGGAGUAUUUUUAAAAAAUCGUUGAUUCCUCCUUAAGUUAUUGUGGUCUUCUGAACUAGUAUGACAGAUACCUAGCAUCCAGCAGAAUAAUGGCAGCUGCUUACCUUGACCCAAACUUGAAUCACACACCAAAUUCAAGUACUAAGAUUCACCUGGGAACUGGUACGGAACGUUCCCCUGGUGCCAUGGAGCGAGUGUUAAAAGUCUUUCAUUAUUUUGAAAGCAAUAGUGAGCCAACCACCUGGGCCAGUAUUAUCAGGCAUGGAGAUGCUACUGAUGUCAGGGGCAUCAUACAGAAGAUAGUGGACAGUCACAAAGUGAAGCACGUGGCCUGCUAUGGAUUCCGCCUGAGUCACCUGCGCUCCGAGGAGGCUCACUGGCUGCACGCCGACAUGGGCGUCUCCAGCGUGAGGGAGAAGUAUGAGCUGGCCCACCCGCCGGAGGAGUGGAAAUACGAAUUGAGAAUUCGUUAUUUGCCGAAAGGAUUUCUUAACCAGUUUACUGAAGACAAGCCAACUCUGAAUUUCUUCUAUCAGCAGGUGAAGAGUGACUACAUGGCAGAGGUGGCUGAUCAGGUGGACCAGGAAAUCGCUUUGAAGUUGGGUUGUCUAGAAAUUCGGAGAUCCUACUGGGAGAUGAGGGGCAAUGCGCUGGAAAAGAAGUCCAAUUAUGAAGUGUUAGAAAAAGAUGUUGGUUUAAAGCGAUUUUUCCCUAAGAGUUUACUGGAUUCUGUCAAGGCCAAAACCCUGCGAAAACUGAUCCAGCAGACGUUCCGGCAGUUCGCCAACCUCAACAGGGAAGAAAGUAUUCUCAAAUUCUUCGAGAUCCUGUCUCCGGUGUACAGAUUCGACAAGGAAUGCUUCAAGUGUGCGCUCGGGUCAAGCUGGAUUAUUUCGGUGGAGCUGGCCAUCGGCCCGGAAGAAGGGAUCAGUUACCUGACGGACAAGGGCUGCAGUCCCACACAUCUGGCUGACUUCAAUCAAGUGCAGACCAUUCAGUAUUCAAACAGCGAGGACAAGGACAGGAAAGGAAUGCUUCAACUGAAAAUAGCUGGCGCACCCGAGCCUCUGACAGUGACGGCACCAUCGCUGACCAUCGCCGAGAACAUGGCCGACCUGAUAGAUGGGUACUGCCGGCUGGUGAACGGGGCCACGCAGUCCUUCAUCAUCAGACCCCAGAAAGAAGGCGAACGAGCUCUGCCGUCCAUACCGAAGUUGGCCAACAGCGAGAAGCAAGGCGUGAGGACACACGCGGUGUCCGUGUCAGGAGUCAGUCACAGCCAGCACAAGGUUAAGAAAGCUAGGCGCUUCCUCCCUCUGAUCUUCUGUUCCCACCAGUCUCCUCCUGCGGAUGAAAUUAGUGGGGACGAAACGGACGAUUAUGCUGAAAUCAUAGAUGAAGACGACACGUACACAAUGCCCUCAAAAAGCUAUGGAAUAGAUAAAGCCAGGGAUUAUGAGAUUCAGAGAGACAGAAUAGAACUUGGGCGAUGCAUUGGAGAAGGCCAGUUUGGAGACGUGCAUCAAGGGAUGUACAUGAGUCCAGAGAAUCCAGCUUUGGCGGUUGCAAUUAAAACAUGUAAAAACUGCUCCUCGGACAGCGUGAGAGAGAAAUUUCUCCAAGAAGCCUUGACCAUGCGUCAGUUUGACCACCCUCAUAUUGUGAAGCUUAUUGGCGUUAUCACGGAGAACCCCGUCUGGAUAAUCAUGGAGCUGUGCACGCUUGGAGAGCUGAGGUCGUUUUUGCAAGUAAGGAAAUACAGUUUGGAUCUAGCAUCCUUGAUCCUGUAUGCUUAUCAGCUUAGCACAGCUCUUGCAUAUCUAGAGAGCAAAAGAUUCGUACACAGGGAUAUAGCAGCUCGGAAUGUUCUUGUGUCCUCAAAUGAUUGUGUGAAAUUAGGAGACUUUGGACUGUCCCGCUAUAUGGAAGAUAGUACUUACUACAAAGCUUCCAAAGGAAAAUUGCCUAUUAAGUGGAUGGCUCCAGAGUCCAUCAAUUUUCGACGUUUUACCUCAGCUAGUGACGUAUGGAUGUUUGGUGUAUGUAUGUGGGAGAUACUGAUGCAUGGUGUGAAGCCUUUUCAAGGAGUGAAGAACAAUGAUGUGAUCGGUCGGAUUGAAAAUGGGGAAAGAUUACCAAUGCCUCCAAAUUGUCCUCCCACCCUCUACAGCCUUAUGACGAAAUGCUGGGCCUAUGACCCCAGCAGGCGGCCCAGGUUUACUGAACUUAAAGCUCAGCUCAGCACAGUACUGGAGGAGGAGAAGGCUCAACAAGAGGAACGCAUGAGGAUGGAGUCCAGAAGACAGGCCACGGUGUCCUGGGACUCCGGAGGGGCAGACGAAGCACCACCCAAGCCCAGCAGACCUGGUUAUCCUAGCCCGAGAUCCAGUGAAGGAUUUUACCCCAGCCCACAGCACAUGGUCCAGACCAAUCAUUACCAGGUCUCGGGCUACCCUGGCUCACAUGGGAUCACAGCCAUGGCCAGCAGCAUCUACCCAGGUCAGGCGUCUCUUUUGGACCAGUCAGAGUGCUGGAAUCAUAGACCUCAGGAGAUAGCCGUGUGGCAGCCCAGCCUGGAGGACUCUGCCCUGGAUCUGCGAGGGAUGGGCCAGGGGCUGCCGAGCCACCUGAUGGAAGAGCGGCUGAUCCGACAGCAGCAGGAAAUGGAAGAAGAUCAGCGCUGGCUGGAAAAGGAAGAGAGAUUUCUGAAGCCUGAUGUGCGGCUCUCUCGAGGCAGCAUUGACCGGGAGGAUGGAGGUCUCCAGGGGCCGACUGGAAGCCAACAUAUAUACCAGCCUGUGGGUAAGCCAGAUCCUGCAGCUCCGCCAAAGAAGCCGCCGCGGCCUGGAGCCCCUGGCCACCUGGGCAGCCUCGCCAGCCUCGCCAGUCCUGGGGACAGUUACAACGAGGGCAUUAAGCCAUGGAGGCUUCAGCCGCAGGAAAUCAGCCCCCCUCCUACCGCCAACCUGGACCGGUCCAACGACAAGGUGUAUGAGAAUGUGACGGGCCUGGUGAAAGCUGUCAUCGAGAUGUCCAGCAAGAUCCAGCCAGCCCCGCCGGAGGAGUACGUGCCCAUGGUGAAGGAAGUUGGCUUGGCUCUGAGGACCUUGUUGGCCACCGUGGACGAGACCAUCCCUGUGCUCCCGACCAGCACGCACCGAGAGAUCGAGAUGGCACAGAAGCUGUUGAACUCUGACCUGGGUGAGCUCAUCAGCAAGAUGAAGCUGGCCCAGCAGUACGUCAUGACCAGUCUCCAGCAGGAGUACAAGAAGCAGAUGCUCACAGCUGCUCACGCGCUGGCCGUGGACGCCAAAAACCUACUCGAUGUGAUUGACCAAGCAAGACUCAAAAUGCUUGGGCAGACGAGACCGCACUGAGCUUGCGCCGAGCGCGGCUCCCUGCCCUCCCUGGAGGUGUUCUCUGGCCUUCCACCAGCAGCGAGGGGUGACCUGUGUGUCCCCGGCCCAGCGCCCUCGGCCCCAGCUCUGUUGACGGCUGCUUGAAAGUCUUCUCUCUCUCGUAUGUUUUAACCACAUUUUGAUUGGGUUUUGGGGAGUUUUUGUUUUUGUUUCUUUUAUCAUGAUAUUCUGAAAAAUCCAGGAUCCAAAAUGUGGCAUUUUUCUGGGAAUGGGAAUUACGCUUUAAGAAGCUUUUGAGAUCAUGAAGAGCUGUUUCUGUUCACGUAGGAUGUGUUUUAAUGGAAGUGGCGAAGGGGGAGGUGUGUUCUCUCCUGAGCCACCUUCGCUGCAUGUUGGAGGGAGAGUGUGUUGUGAAGAACUCCAGGAAACCCACGCAGCUGAGGAUUCUCUGGUCUGCCAUGGAACAUUAUCCAGACUCGAAAUUUUCGUUUGUUAGAACACCCUUCAGUUGCAUUAUGCUAACCCUUCUUUACAAAGAAAGAAUAUUAAAGCUCUAUUUUGAAGACUUGAGUCCUUUCAGGAAAAAACCAACCUGCCUCCCUCUUGGCUCCCUGCCUCCGACUUCCUGUGGCUGCGGAGCGUCCGACUGGAGCCAGCUGGAGACACGGCUGGACGCCUGUCCUCACCAGAACCACGUGCCAGUUUUUUGUAGCAAUGUUAUUCCUCUUGGAAACAGAAGUGCUUUAUACCAGAGCACCUCCAAACUCCACCAAGAAGUUCCAGGACCAUCCCUGUUUUCCAUUUUUAUGUAAUUUAUAAGGAAAAGAUUAAAGCCAUGUUGACUAUUUUACAGCCACUGGAGCUAACUAACCUUACGUCAUGAGUGUCUGUCUUCCCGGACAGAAUCCAGCGAAACGGAGGGACUUGGUUUGCUUGGGUGUCUAGUUACACCAUCCAUUCUGUUAAAUAAUUUUGAAAAAAUGCACCCUCCCUUUAGCGUGUUGAGGGAUAUAAAUUAUUCUCAGGAAGAAUAUAAUGAGCUGUACAGUUACUUCAGCCUAUUAAAGAGGUGUUAUCA